AUGGUGAGACAAAACCGCAAUCAAUUUGAAAAUAUUAAAUCACAAAUUAAUAUUGAUGAUAAAAAUUCAAUUAAAGAUGCUCUCAAAAAUUUCAAUGGUUGGUUUUAUCAAAUUGACAGAGAAAAUUUAACAUCAAACGAUACAAGCAUUAUCCCAUCCCAAACAGUCGAUUUUACUGAUAUCACACCAACUCUCAUUUCGGCGGUUUAUUUGAAUCCAGAUUGUCCUUUUUAUUCAUAUCGUGAUGGAAGGAAAUACUACAAAUUAUUUAUAAACCCAGAAAAUCCACCUCCAAUUGAACCACAAGAAAAAAUCACUCAAUGUCAAGCAAAAAAUAUUUUUGAAAUAUUACACUGUGAUAUUCAUUAUUUUCGUCAUGAAAUUGGAAAUUAUUUGUAUUUGAUAAUCGACGAUAGAAGCCGUUAUAUCGUCGAUUUUCAAUUUCUUAAACAAAAAUCUGCAUCAAAUACAACUUUUGUUGCACAAAGAGCAAUUAAUGCAUUAGGUUUUGCACCUUUUGCAUUUUGGACCGAUAAUGAUCUCGAAAAUUUUGGAGAAUUUCAAAAUUUUCUUGAUCGAAAUCAAAUUGAACAUAUAACAAUCACUCCAUAUACGUCUCGCCAAAAUGGAAGGGUCGAGCGUAUAUGGCCUGAUAUCGAAAAACACUCAAGUAGCAAGUCGGAUGUUAUAAUUUGGAUCAACUUUUACAACAACAAGCCACAUUCGCAAUUACCAAAGAACCCAAACACAAACACAAACUUUACACCACGAGAAUUCCUCAUUCAUGAAAAAAAUAACUUUUGGAAUCUUGUUGAAGACAAAGAAAAUCCGAAAUGGAUUGUCGAACACGAAGAGCGCGACCUAAAAGAGGAUCUCGCUAACUUCAGAAGGAAAAAUCGAAAUACAAGACAUUAA